CUGGAUCAGGUUCCCCCCAUUAGGAGCUGGGGGCUCCCCCAUCACAKUGGGGGUGCCUAGCAGGGUUCUCCCUUUUCCUUGCAGAGCCGUGCGGGUGUGAUUUUGGRAAGAGGGUGAGGAGGGAGCCUGUGGGACCGUCCUGGGCACAGGCAGGUGGAGGAUGAACGGCGAAGCCGAGUGCCCUGCAGACCUGGAAAUGACAGCUCCCAAAAACCAAGACCGCUGGUCGCAGGAGGACAUGCUGACCCUCCUGGAGUGCAUGAAGAAUAACCUGCCCUCCAACGACGGGAGCAAGUUCAAAACCACCGAGUCCCACCUAGAUUGGGAAAAAGUGGCUUUCAAAGAUUUCUCGGGGGAGAUGUGCAAGAUGAAGUGGAUGGAGAUUUCUAAUGAGGUGAGGAAAUUCCGGACCCUCACAGAGCUCAUCAUGGACGCUGAAGAGCACGUGAAGAAUCCUUACAAAGGCAAAAAACUCAAGAAACACCCCGACUUUCCCAAGAAGCCCCUGACUCCCUAUUUCCGCUUCUUCAUGGAGAAGCGAGCCAAAUACGCCAAGCUUCACCCCGAAAUGAGCAACCUGGAUCUGACCAAGAUCCUGUCCAAGAAAUACAAGGAGCUUCCAGAGAAGAARAAGAUGAAAUAYAUCCAGGACUUCCAGCGAGAGAAGCAGGAGUUUGAGAGGAAUUUGGCAAGGUUCAGGGAAGACCACCCGGAUCUCAUCCAGAACGCCAAGAAAUCCGACGUCCCCGAAAAACCCAAGACCCCCCAGCAGCUGUGGUAYAACCACGAGAAGAAGAUCUACUUGAAAGUGCGUCCAGAUGAGAUCAUGAGGGAUUACAUCCAGAAACACCCGGAGCUGAACAUCAGCGAGGAGGGAAUCACCCGCUCCACCCUCACCAAGGCCGAGCGGCAGCUCAAGGACAAGUUCGACGGACGACCCACAAAGCCACCCCCGAAUAGCUACUCCCUGUACUGUGCAGAGCUGAUGGCCAACAUGAAAGAUGUGCCCAGCACGGAGCGGAUGGUGCUGUGCAGCCAGCAGUGGAAGCUGCUCUCGCAGAAAGAAAAAGACGCCUACCACAAAAAGUGUGACCAGAAAAAAAAAGACUACGAGAUCGAACUGCUCCGCUUCCUGGAGAGCCUGCCCGAGGAAGAGCAGCAACGGGUGCUGGGCGAGGAGAAGAUGCUGGGCAGCAACCGGAAAGGGGCAACGAGUCCCGCAUCCAAAAAAUCCUCACCAGAGACCGGCAAGGCCAGCUCAGAGAAGCCCAAGAGGCCCAUCUCUGCCAUGUUCAUCUUCUCGGAGGAGAAGCGGAAGCAGCUGCAGGAGGAGCGGCCGGAGCUGUCAGAGAGCGAGCUGACCCGGCUCCUGGCCCGCAUGUGGAAUGACCUCUCAGAGAAGAAGAAGGCCAAGUACAAGGCACGGGAGGCGGCGAUGAAGGCRCAGUCGGAGAAGAAGCACAGCUCGGAUAAAGAGGAGCGCGGGAAACUGCCUGAGUCUCCCAAAACCGCUGAGGAAAUCUGGCAACAGAGCGUCAUUGGGGACUACCUGGCACGUUUCAAGAACGACCGGAGCAAAGCGCUGAAAGCCAUGGAGGCCACUUGGAACAACAUGGAGAAAAAAGAGAAGCUGAUGUGGAUCAAGAAGGCAGCAGAGGAUCAGAAGCGAUAUGAGAGGGAGCUGAGUGAGAUGCGAGCUCCUCCGUGCUCCACCAACUCCACCAAGAAAAUGAAAUUCCAGGGAGAGCCGAAGAAACCCCCCAUGAACGGUUAUCAGAAGUUCUCCCAGGAGCUCCUGUCCAACGGGGAGCUGAACCACCUCCCUCUGAAGGAGCGGAUGGUGGAGAUCGGCAGCCGCUGGCAACGCAUCUCCCAGGGCCAGAAGGACCACUACAAAAAACUGGCAGAGGAGCAGCAGAAACAGUACAAGGUGCACCUCGACAUCUGGCUCAAGAGCCUCUCGCCCCAGGAGCGGGCUGCCUACAAGGAACACAUUUCCAACAAACGCAAGAGCAUAGGGAAGAUUCGGGGUCCCAACCCCAAGAUGAAGCCAACGAUGCAGUCCAAGUCGGAGUCAGAGGACGACGACGAGGAGGAAGAGGAGGAGGAAGAUGACGACGAAGACGAGGACGACGAUGAUGACAACGGCGACUCGUCGGAGGAAGGCGGCGACUCCUCGGAGUCCAGCAGCGAGGAGGAGAGCGAGGACGGGGACGAGAACGACGAGGAUGAUGAGGAUGARGAUGAUGAGGACGAGGAYGACAACGACUCGGAGGGCAGCAGCAGUUCCUCCUCCUCCUCGGGGGACUCCUCCGACUCCGACUCCAACUGAUCGGCCAAGCUCUUCGUAACGUCGUUUGGUUUCUUGGUUUCGGUCCCAAAUCCCCCUGGCAGCCCCUCAAAAUCCUUCCUCCUCUUCCUCCUGUGCCCCCGUGGGACCCCCAACAUGGGGAGCAGGGGCCGGGGGGGCCCUUCCGCCAAGCUCACACUAUGGAGGGGGAUCAGGGGCUGCUUCCCCCGGUCUGGGGGGCGUGGAGAGAGCCCCCCACCCCCGCCCCCCUCUUUACUCCCGAGGGGAAGCGAUUUUUUUUUUUGAAUUUCAUUCUUUCCAGGGGGGUGUCUCUCCAUCCCUACCCCCAUUACCCCCUUGCUACCAGCUCUGGACUUUCUAGAAAGAGAAGAAAAAACACACAGGAAAAAAAAAACCAACCCAACAACACCUUCCCCCACACCUUUUUUUUUAUUAAAAAAAAACCCAGAAACGGGAAGAAAAUCCCCUCCCCGCGCAGCCCCUCCGGCAGCGGGCGCGGAGCACGAGCCRAGGAGCUCAGGACUCAGCCGAUGGGACAAUAUCUCUUUGCAACCCCCCCAGCCCUCUGCGCACCUCCCCCAGCAUCUUGGGGGUCCUCCCCCCCCCAAAAAAAAACAAAAAACAAAAAAACCUUGUACAGUCUGGAAGCUGCCCCGGGAGCUGCCCGGGAAUACUCCACAUCCACGGCACUUGGGAGCGCCGGCCACGGACGGACGGUGACCCGCGGCGUGUCCCCGAUUUGGGGGGUGGGCGAGGGCGUGGGGAGGGGGUGUGUGUGCGAGCGUGCGAGUGUGUGCGGGGGGAACACCGGGGCCGCCCCUCCUGCCCGGGGACGGCGGCUUAGAGUGACCAAGGUGGGGGGCGCGGGGUCCCCUCCCCUCCCCCGGCUCUGUUGUCGGUGGUUGUCGUGCCGUUGUAUUUUAUUUUAAAUUUUUUUUGUUUUGUUUUUGGUUUUUUUUUUUCCUUUUUAUAAAAUGAGAAAGAUCCAUCUUUUUAUUUUUCAUUUCUCCCUCCCUCACUUCCCCCUCUACCCCUUUUCCU